AGAUAGCUACAAGCCAAAUUCAUGUACGUAGCUUGCCAGCUGGCCGAACCUGUUUAGGAAGGCAAUGCAAUAUCGACAUGAAGGCAGUCCUAGCUAGUCAGUUUGGAAGAAGUAAUAAUCUAUUAGUGUAGCCUCAACUUUUACUCUGGGUGCUCCCAUCAGAGCUCUCCUUGAUGAUCCACAUUCUGCUAAUUUGUCUCACUAUUAAGAAGGAAGAAUGAUUUUAUGAACCAAGCAGUCAGUCACAGGAAUGCUGCAUGCUGGGAUAGGUCCCCUUGUGCACAGCAAGCCCUCUGAAACCAAGAUGGCAGAGAUUAUUUUAUGGAAAACACCGAGUGGAACAGGCCCGAAAUGAAACACCUGCUCCCAGCCAAAGCCAGAAAACAACCCGGAACGCACCUGCAGCAAUAACAAGUAUUGGCGAAUUCGUGUUGAGAGGGACUUGCACACCCACAGAAUACACACGCUCACGCACAACUGAGAGAGAAAGUCUCGUAUGAAUUCCGCCGAGAAGCAGGACUGUGAGUGUGCGCCACCACAGGCCGAAUCCAACCCCGCAGGAGCAAUAGACAGAUCACUAGAGGAGUCUGACGCUGAAAACCCUCAAGCAGGCCGAAUGAAGCGAGCGGCUGCAAAGCAUCUAAUAGAGCGCUACUACCACCAGCUAACCGAGGGCUGCGGCAGCGAGUCCUGCACGAAUGAGUUCUGUGCGUCCCGGGCCGGCUUCCGUCGCAUGGAUAACAACGCGGCCGCCGUCAAGGCCCUCGAGCUCUAUAAGAUUAACACCAAACUCUGUGAUCCCCACCCCUCUAAGAAAGGAGCCGGCUCCGCUUACCUAGAGAACAGCGCCGCGGGACCCCGCCGCAACUCGGCCUGCAGCGACAGGGAGAUGAGCCGCAAGGACCUGCACCCCGCCCGGGACGACUUCAAAGAUUUGAAUUUCCUGACUGAGGAGAAGGUAUAUGAGAUUCUGGACAUGUGUGGGGAGAAGGAGGACUACUCCCCUCUGAUCCGCGUGAUUGGCCGGGUCUUCUCCAGCGCCGAGGGCCUGGUCCAGAGCUUCCGGAAGGCCAAGCAGCACACCAAGGAGGAGCUCAAGUCCCUCCAGGCCAAGGACGAGGACAAGGACGAGGACGAGAAGGAGAAGGCCGCUGACUCCGCCACCGCCAUGGAGGAGGAUUCCGAGGCCUCCUCCUCCAGGACAGCAGAGGGCGCCACACAGGGGGACAACAACGUCCCAAAGCUGGGGCCCGACGAGGUCUCGGUGGACGUGGAGGCGGUGCGGAGGGUCUACGACAAACUGCUGUCCAACGAGAAGGUGGAGGCCGCCUUCCUCAACGCGCUGGUGUACCUGUCGCCCAACGUGGAGUGCGACCUGACCUACCACAACGUGUACUCGCGGGACCCCAACUACCUGAACCUGUUCGUCAUCGUCAUGGAGAACAGCAACCUGCACAGCCCCGAGUACCUGGAGAUCGCCCUGCCGCUGUUCUGCAAGGCCAUGAGCAAGCUGCCGCUGCCGGCGCUGGCCAAGCUGGCGCGCCUGUGGUCGCGCUACAGCGCCGAGCAGGUGCGCCGCAUGACCGAGACCUUCCAGCAGCUCAUCACCUACAAGGUGAUCAGCAACGAGUUCAGCGGCCGCAACCUGGUCAACGACGACGACGCCGUGGUGGCGGCCACCAGGUGCCUGAAAAUCGUCUACUAUGCAAACGUCCUGGGCGGGGACCUGGACACGGAGCACAACGAGGAGGAGGACGAGGAGCCCAUCCCGGAGUCCAGCGAGCUGACGCUGCAGGAGCUGCUCGGGGAGGAGCGGCGGAACAAGAAGGGCCCCCGCGUGGACCCGCUGGAGACGGAGCUGGGCGUCAAGACCACCGACUGCCGGCGGCCGCUCAUCCCCUUCGAGGAGUUCGUCAACGAGCCGCUCAACGACGUGCUGGAGAUGGACAAGGACUACACCUUCUUCAAGGUGGAGACGGAGAACAAGUUCUCCUUCAUGACCUGCCCCUUCAUCCUCAACGCCGUCACCAAGAACCUGGGGCUGUACUACGACAACCGCAUCCGGAUGUACAGCGAGAGGCGCAUUACCGUGCUCUACAGCCUGGUCCAGGGCCAGCAGCUCAACCCCUACCUGCGGCUCAAGGUGCGCCGGGACCACAUCAUCGACGACGCCCUCGUCAGGCUGGAGAUGAUUGCCAUGGAGAACCCUGCAGACUUGAAGAAGCAGCUGUACGUGGAGUUUGAGGGAGAGCAAGGCGUUGAUGAAGGUGGUGUUUCCAAAGAGUUCUUUCAGCUCGUAGUGGAGGAGAUCUUCAACCCUGACAUCGGAAUGUUCACAUACGACGAAGCCACUAAGCUGUUUUGGUAUAACCCGUCGUCUUUGGAGACGGAGGGCCAGUUCACUCUCAUCGGCAUCGUCCUGGGCCUGGCUAUUUAUAACAACUGCAUCCUGGACGUGCACUUUCCCAUGGUCGUCUACCGCAAGCUGUUGGGCAAGAAGGGAACUUUCCGCGACCUUGCAGAUUCUCAUCCGGUCCUGUACCAGAGUCUGAGAGAGCUGCUGGACUACGAGGGCAGCGUGGAGGAGGACAUGAUGAUCAGCUUUCAGAUCUCCCAGACCGACCUGUUCGGAAACCCCCUCAUGUACGACCUGAGGGAGAACGGCGACAAAAUCCCCGUCACCAAUGAGAACAGGAAGGAGUUUGUUGCUCAGUAUGCGGACUACAUGCUGAAUAAAAGCGUGGAAAAGCAGUUCAAGGCGUUCAGAAGAGGUUUUCACAUGGUCACAAACGAGUCGCCUUUAAAGUAUUUAUUUCGGCCCGAGGAAAUUGAGCUGCUUAUCUGUGGAAGCAGGAAUCUAGACUUCCUGGCACUUGAAGAAACGACGGAGUACGAUGGCGGCUACAGCAAAGACUCGCGCAUCAUUAAGGACUUCUGGGAAACGGUGCACUCUUUUGGGGAGGAGCAGAAGAGGCUGUUCCUGCAGUUCACCACAGGCACAGACCGAGCCCCCGUGGGGGGGCUGGGCAAGCUGAAGAUGAUCAUCGCUAAGAACGGCCCGGACACGGACAGGUUGCCCACGUCUCACACCUGCUUCAACGUGCUCCUGCUCCCGGAGUACGCCAGCAGGGAGAAGCUGAGGGAGAGACUGCUCAAAGCCAUCACUUACGCCAAAGGGUUCGGCAUGCUGUGAGCCGGGGAAGCACAGAGACCGCACGCUGCAGACCGCGAAACAAGGAGGAGAGAAACCAACAACAACAACAACAACAAGAGAAGAGUGGCGGAGGAAAGAUAAAGGAAGGGAAGAGUGUGAGCAGUGGAGCUCCGACAGCCUCGUGUACCCCCCCGCGCCCCCACAGCCCCCC